CAGGCGGAGAAGCAGCCCUCGCCUGUAUGUCCGGCAAAAGCAGGCUGUCCAAAUACCAUAAAAGGGUGUCGGUGCCCGAGGAUGAUGCUGAGCCGUGUUGGAAAGAGGAGAACGGCGGUGUGGAUGCAUGUUACCUGAAAUCCGUGAAGAGUGCCAGAGACGCGCCGCACUACUACCGCUACAACAUGAAAACUGUGGACUCUUUUCCAGCACAGAGGAUGACCCUGCAGCGUGAGAAAGGGCGUCGGCAGGCAAUUCGUGGCCCAGCAUUCAUGUUCAAUGCACGUGGAAGCAGCCUGACAGCCGAGGAGGAGCGUUUCCUCGAUGCAGCCGAGUACGGCAACAUCCCGGUAGUGCGUAAGAUGCUGGAAGAGUCACCCACGCUUAACGUGAACUGUAUGGACUACAUGGGCCAAAAUGGGCUGCAGUUGGCCGUAGGCAACGAGCACCUGGAAGUGACUGAGCUGCUCUUGCGGCGCGAGAACCUGGCACGUGUUGGCGAUGCCCUCCUGCUGGCCAUCUCAAAGGGCUACGUGCGCAUUGUGGAGGCGUUGCUGGGCCACCCAUCAUUCGCCGGUGGAGAGAGGCUCACGCGCAGCCCAUGCGAGCUGCAGGACGACGACUUUUAUUCAUACGACGAAGACGGCACUCGCUUCUCACCUGACAUCACACCUAUCAUCCUAGCCGCCCACUGCCACAAGUACGAAGUGGUGCACAUGCUGCUGAUAAAAGGUGCACGCAUCGAGCGGCCGCACGACUACUUCUGCAAGUGCGCCGACUGCACGGAGAAACACAGGAAGGACUCGUUCAGCCACUCCAGGUCCAGAAUCAACGCAUACCGUGGUCUGGCCAGCCCUGCAUACCUCUCGCUCUCCAGUGAAGACCCCGUUCUCACCGCCCUGGAGCUCAGCAAUGAGCUCGCCAAACUGGCCAACAUCGAGAAGGAGUUUAAGAAUGACUACAGGAAAUUGUCUAUGCAGUGUAAGGACUUUGUGGUGGGCGUGCUGGACCUGUGCAGAGACACAGAGGAGGUGGAGGCCAUACUGAAUGGAGACGUAUCUGCGGAGCUGGCGGCGGGCCAGCACCAUCGCUCUCUCAUCAGUAGAGUCAAACUGGCUAUCAAAUAUGAAGUCAAGAAGUUUGUAGCCCAUCCUAACUGCCAGCAGCAGCUGUUGACUAUCUGGUAUGAAAACCUGUCAGGUCUCCGUGAGCAGUCCAUUGCAGUGAAGUGUCUGGUGGUGCUGGUGGUAGCUCUAGGCCUCCCCCUGCUGGCUGUGGGGUACUGGUUUGCUCCAUGCAGCAAGCUGGGUAAAGUCUUGCGCAGUCCCUUCAUGAAGUUUGUGGCACAUGCUGCGUCCUUCAUCAUCUUCCUCUGCCUGCUGGUCUUUAAUGCAUCUGACCGGUUUGAGGGCAUUAGCACUCUGCCCAACGUCACGGUCACAGACUACCCACUGCAGAUCUUCAGAGUGAAGACCACCCGCUUCUCAUGGACCGAGAUCCUCAUCAUGGUGUGGGUGGCAGGCAUGAUGUGGUCGGAGUGUAAAGAGCUUUGGACAGAAGGGCCGAGGGAAUACAUCCUGCAGCUGUGGAACGUUCUGGACUUUGGCAUGCUGUCCAUCUUCAUCGCAGCGUUCACCGCCCGCUUCUUUGCCUUCCUGCAGGCCAUGAAAGCGCAGAAGUAUGUGGACGAGAACAUCCACGCCGCUGACCUCUCUCUGGUCACGCUGCCACCCGAUAUCAAGUACUUCACGUACGCAAGGGAUAAAUGGCUUCCGUCAGACCCUCAGCUCAUCUCAGAGGGCCUGUACGCCAUCGCUGUGGUCCUGAGCUUCUCUCGUAUUGCUUACAUCCUCCCAGCCAACGAAAGCUUCGGCCCGCUGCAGAUCUCUCUGGGACGCACUGUGAAGGACAUCUUCAAGUUCAUGGUGCUCUUCAUCAUGGUCUUCCUCGCAUUCAUGAUCGGCAUGUUCAUCCUCUACUCUUACUAUCUGGGAGCUAAGGUUAACUCUGCCUUUACCACAGUGGAAGAGAGUUUUAAAACUUUGUUCUGGUCCAUAUUUGGCUUGUCUGAAGUCUCCUCCGUGGUCCUGAAGUACGACCAUAAGUUCAUAGAGAACAUUGGCUACGUCCUGUAUGGGAUAUAUAACGUAACUAUGGUGGUGGUUCUGCUGAACAUGCUCAUCGCUAUGAUCAACAGCUCCUACCAGGAGAUAGAGGAUGACUCAGAUGUUGAGUGGAAGUUUGCCAGGUCUAAACUCUGGCUGUCGUAUUUCGAUAACGGUAAAACCCUGCCGCCUCCCUUCAGCAUCGUGCCCAGCCCCAAGUCCUUCGUCCACUGCAUCAGCAAACUCAUUAGCCUGUUGCGUUGCCGACGGCGACAGCUCAACAAAGAUGUGGAGCUUGGCACGGAGAACUCCAAGUCUAGACUAAACCUAUUCACGCAGUCCAACUUGCACAUGAGUGAGUCUCACAGCUUCAACAGCAUCCUCAACCAGCCCACGCGCUACCAGCAAAUUAUGAAGCGUCUCAUAAAGCGUUACGUCCUGAAAGCGCAAAUGGACAAAGAGAACGACGAAGUCAAUGAAGGCGAGUUGAAAGAGAUCAAGCAGGACAUCUCUAGCCUUCGCUACGAGCUGUUGGAGGACAAAUCCCAGGCCACAGAGGAGCUCUCUACGCUCAUUCAAAAACUCAGUGAAAAAAUGCAGGCAUCAUAAUGUCACCCUGGGACAUUGUGCGUCUCUCGAACAGCUGGGACGCUGCAGAUCAUCGCGCUCCAGAUGAGAUGAUCGGUUCAGUUGUGGCUUGUUGUCUGCAGAAUGCAGCAUUUUUGUUGUCACCUGCCACAGCAAGCUGGGUGUGUCGGUGUGUCAGUGUGAUUCAGCAUGAUAUUUCUGAAAAUUUCACACACACACACACACACAAAUCCACUGUCUGGAUUUAGCUUUAGGUUCAAUACGUACAAAGCAUGGAGAGCAGAAAUAUAUCUAUCAUUAAAACCAUCAAUUUAUCUUUCAAUAAUUCCAUCAAUAAGUAAACCAAAUAUGUGUUUAUUUCACACAGGUAUGAGAAAACCUUUUUAUUAUUCUCUUAUUUUACAAAGUAAUAUUAUGAGUUUUGCUCUAACUAUAAAAUCACAGCCCCGUGAAGAGCGUAUGUAAUAUUUCAGCAAUAAAAAUGGACAUCUACCUCUACUAAUUCCUUAACAACAUCACAGGACUCAGACUCAGUCAAGAAAAGUCAAGAAAACAAACCCAAAAACAUGCCAAAACAUGUAUUAAAUAUGAAUUUAUAUCUAAAUUACAGUAUAAAUCCAGAAUAAAAAAAUGUAAAGGAGUCAGGGCUCGGGUACGCAGAAAAAAUAUCAUUGUCCAUUUGUGGUCUUUUGUCCGAAAUGUUUGGGAACCUCUGAUUUAGUGGUUUAUUGAUGAAUUUAAUGAUAGAUAUACAGUAUAUUUUAUUUCGCAUGCACACUGCCAGUCAAAAGUGUUUUGAAAUGUUUGUAACAUCUUGGAAAUGGGUUGAUCUGAAAUACUCUAGAAUUAGAAAAUCUUAGUUAGAAAUAGGUUUAAGUGAAAUGAGUGAUGUGAUUUUAUUUUUGCUGAAAAAGAAAUUCUAGAAAUCAUUUGAUGUUAAACACUUGUUUAAUUUUUUUUUUCUUUUGUUAAUUGUAGGAAAUUUAGUUAAUAAGUGGGAAAACUAUCAACCAAAAAAAAGCAAAAAUACCAUCCAUGUGUUCAAACUGGCAGGGUAUUAUCUACUCAUGAAUGUAUUUAUUUAGGCCUGUUAGUCUCGUCUGAGAAAUUCAGCUAACGUUUCCAGUAGACUGAGUGUGGCCAAAAAACUGUGGACAAAAUUAGCUUUAUAUGUCUUAUAGUUUCUCUGUGAUACACUGUGGUUUUAUUAUGGCCCGAGAAACCUAGAAACAUUCCCCAAAUUCACUUCUUUUAAUCUACAUGAACUAGAAAGUCAUUUCCUUCAGUCAUUCAAGUGCUACCAACAUAACAAAAGCACAGAUAAAGAUCAGCACAAUAACUCUCAAAAACAUUCUGCUUCUUCCUUUAUUUCAGCUUUCUGUUUGUCCCUCUAUUCCAUCCACCAGCUCUAUCUAAUCAGCUAACUAACAGGCCCUUCCUGGUUCAACGUGGAUGUGUUAGAUCAGGAAAAACGAUAGAAUAUACAGAGCAGGAGUAGAACAGGACCAGGAAGCACUGGUAUAAACUACAGUAUAGCAUUGUGUAAGCUGAGGAUGAUUAUGAUUGAAUUUAAUGCCAAGCUAAAUGCAGAUUUGGGCUAAAAGGAAAAAACGAAGAAGGCAAAGAAAUGCGAUGUACAUCAACACGACGUUAAGCUUAUUAGGUUUCACAGUAACACUUUACCUAAAGGUUCCCUUAACUGAUAUUAUUUAUCACAUUAGUUAACAUGAACUUUAGCACUAAUACACCAUCAGGAACAUUAACAAAGUAACUAUUACUUGUAUUAAUUGAUGUUUUCAUGUUCAUAUCAUGAAUGAAUAAAAUAAAAAGGAAUGCCGAAACACAAGCUUUAAUAUUUUCACCUGGAGUUCAGUAACUUAUCAACAUUUAGGAACAUGCUCCAACUGAAUUAUUCCUCAUUUAUGUGAGCUAAUUUUUUAGUCAUGGAUCAAAUAAACAUUCAAUGCAAAUGAAUUUUGUUGAUAUUUAAACAAACAAAUGAAUAGAUAUUUUCACUUAUUUUGUUACUUGGUUAACCUUUUAUAUAGUUUAUUAAUGCUGAGCUUCGUGGUUUGUUAAUGCAAAGUGGUCAAGUAAAUAAGAAUAGUAAAGGGAACUUCAUUAUCACAAAACAAAAAUGUUCAAAUAGUGCGUGUUCAUAUAGAACUAAUGAAACUCCCUUUCUAGUACAAGUAAUACAAAUCCUAGUACAAAUUCUACAAAUAAUAAAAACUCUAGACCCCCUGGUAUCUCACCAUCUACAUACUCUCACUGACAUUUCUGUUCUAACUGGUUGUCCUACACCGCCUUCUUCAGCUCAGAUAUGGAGACUGAGAGGGCCAGGGCGAAAUUACUUUGCAAACAACUUUUUCUGCUGUUUUUGUCUCAUGAUUUGUAUUGUUUUAUUACAGAGUUACGGUGACCUGUAAGUGCAAAACAAAUCAACAAGCCAAAAGCAGAAUGGAAAAUCAGAAAACACAAGAAAAAAAUCUGAAAACGUAAUAACAAAUUUGGAAACACAACAGCAAACCUAACGAUAGCAGGAAAUAAUAAUAAUAAUAAAAAAAUUUUAAAAAACAGCAAUGUCUAAAAAGACAACAGUAAAAUAUAAAAAUGCAGCAACAAACUUGGAAACACGUCAACAUUAACUGAAAACCAAAAGGGGCGGUCCUUAUUGAACAUCACAUGCACAGUGCUGAUUGGCUACAGCGUGCAUCAGUCUGAGAAACAGCAUAAAACAGAGCUGAAAGAUGAGGACGAAAGAGGAAACAUAAUAAUAAAUUAAUCUAAUAAGGCUGUUAUUUCUGCUUUACUUUUUUAUUUUAAAUAAGGACAGGACAUUCAUAAGAUAUUAUUUUAGAUAUGCUGCAACUUUGCAUGGCAUUAAUAUGGGUAAACAAUGAAAAUCCACCUAAAGAAGGCUGGUUUACUCAGAAAAGGAUUAUUCCUCAUCAUAAUAACAAAUCAUUUUUGCAUUAAAUCACGUUUAAUCUCAGCUACCUAGAGAACAAAUUGAAAAAGAUGCAUUGCUUAACCUUGUGAGAGUCAUACACCAUGUCCAAUCAGCAAUGGGAAUAUGAUGUCCAAUAAGGACCUACACUUUCUGUUUUGAAUCACUGUUGAUGUGUUUGAAUUUGCUAUUGGUUUGCUGUUGUGUUUUUGGUUAGCUAAUAUGUUUUGCACUUAUACAGAAUGCAAAAAUACAUACAUUUCAGGUUUCGCUAUUUUUGGCUAUUUUUGCUGUAAUUGUAAAAUAGAUGUACGUUUUAAUUUUUGCCGUUACAAAACAUGUCAGGAGCAAAUACACAAAGAGCUGAACUGAUCGGACAGUUUAAAAAUAUAAUGUAGCAUCAACCUAGAGCAAGACAACUGCGUCACCAGACCAGAUUUAGAUGUCAUUUACAGGUCUGUGCCGCUGAUACACUGGAACGUCUGGUAUCACUUUAGUUUCCUGUUCUCUCUGGAGAUAUCCUGUUGACUAUUAGUAACCUGGCAGCAUCCUCUCAGUAGACUGCUACAUGGUAUAUUGAAGGAUUCAUAUAUGCACUGAUAUUGCAGAUAAUGUAGUUCACUUGUGCUAGAGACACUCAUUGGUAGUGUAUAUCUUGAUUAGAUUUUUUGUACUUCUAUUUCAAACAAAAAAAACAUUCUUUGUAUUGUCUGUCUGAUGUUUUCCCUUGUGUGUUCCUUAAUUGCAAUGCUUUUCAUAAUUUUUUUUUAAAGAUUUGAAAUUAGAAGUCAGAUGGGAUGUAUGAAUGUGGCAUAAGAAUGAGUGUAUGAUAUUAGAACACCUGAAGACUUUGAGUCCAGAUCUAUGCAGGACGUACAGUAUGUCUCUAAUGCAUAAAUGAAAGAUGACACAAAUUAAUCUGCAGAAAACCACAUUGCGUGUGUGCUCAUCAUACCGUAAAAUGUACAUUUAGACUUUAUGAGUGAACCCAUUCAAGUUCACGUUCAACAAGCAGUUUAGUAUUUUAUUUUAGCAUAAUUCCAUAAUAACAAUUAUAUCAAAUGUUACGUUACUAUUUUGUUAUCUUGUGAAAAUAAUAGCGUACAUAUUCAAUGAUAGACCAUGCAGGAUACUGUAUACUGUAGCUGCACAGUUCGUCUUGUUAUUAUAUUAAAUCACAGAUUUUUUCAAUCUGACCUAUCUGAGGCAUUUGUUUAAGAAACUGGUGUUACCCUGUAUACAUAUACAUACAGUGACGUGAAAACAUAUUUGUCCCAUCCUCAUUUCUUCUGUUUUUGUGUAUAUCUCAUAAUAAAUUGUUUCAGAAAUUUAAAAAAAAUCCAAGACAAACAAAGGCAAACCAAGUACACAAAGUACAGUUUUUAAAAGUUAUCCAGUACCAACUUGGCCUGUGUGAAAAUGUAUUUGUCCCUGUAUUUACUCAUUCUACAAAUCUAUGAAACUGUAUUCAUAAUGGGGUUCAGCUGGACUAGAUGCAACCAGGCCUGAUUACUGAAAACCCUAUUCAAUCAAGUGAACACUUAAGUAGAACUUUUUCAACAGCAUGAAGUUGUUUACAAGGUCUUACCCAGUAACACACUAUGGCAAAGUUGAAAGAAAUUUCAGAAAAGAUCAGGAACACGGUGAUUGGCUACAAUCAUCAGUCUGGGAAGGGUUACAAAGCUAUUUAAAAGGCUCUGGGACUCCAGAGAACCACAGUGAGAGCCAUUAUCUCCAAAUGGAAAAACUCGGCACAGUAGUGAACCUUCCCAGAAGUGCCAUACCUUCCAAAAUUCCUCCAAGAGCACAACAACUACUCAUCCAGCAAGUCACAAAAGAGCCAAGGAGAACAUCAAAGGAUCUACAGGCCUCUCUUGCAUCAAUAAAGGUCACUGUUCAUGACUCCACUAUCAGAAAGACACUGGGCAAAAAUGGCGUCCAUGGAAGAGAGGUGAGGUGAAAACCACUGCUAACCCAGAAGAACAUUAACUCUCAUCUGAAUUUUGCCAAAACACCUUGAUGAUCCUCAAACCUGUUGGGAGAAUGUUCUGUGGAUUGAUGAGUCGAAAGUAGAACUGUUUGAAAGACAGGGGUCCCGUUACAUCUGGUGUAAACCAAACACAGAAUUCCACAAAAGGAAUGUCUGAUCUUCAGUCCGUAAGAUGAAACCUAAGUGCAACUGGAUUAUGCAAAAACACAAUGAUCCAAACCAUAGGAGUAAAUCCUAGUCCUAGAAGUAAGUGAAAGUCUGAUCUCCAGUUUUCAGAAGCGUUUGGCUGCAGUUAAUGCUGAUAAAAGUGGCACAAGCAGAUUUUAAGUUUAAGCGGGCAAUUAGUUUUUCACAUUGGUGAUAGGUUUUGGAUAUUUCUUUUUGCUUCAAUAAAAAAAGAAAGAAAGAAAAAUGUAUUAUGUAUUUACACAGGUUGCCUUUGUUUUAUGUUGCAUUUCAUUUGAAGAUCUAAAGCUAUUUAAUAUGAGAUAUACACAAAAACAGAAGAAAUCAGGAAAUAUUUUUUCACAGCACUGUAUAUAUAACUCCAAGCAAUCUGGUAGCCUUUCUGUGUUUUUUAUCUCAUGAGGUGUUCACCCAGUUUUCUCUUCUCUGUAUAGGUUGUUAGAUAUUUAAUCUAUGCAUUUGAUGUAAUUAUACAAAUGAAAAUAUUUAACUUAAGAUUUCUUGAGAAAUACUAAAACAUUAUACAACUAUGCUUGUAUU